UUUAUAACCUCAAUUUGAACGCUUGGGAUCUUUCUUUUCUACCCAAGCACUGACUUCUGUCAAUCUCUGCUCGGGGCUUCUCCGAAUUUGGGGUUCGGUUCUUUAAUUGCAUACCUCAAUUUCUUGCCAAACCCUGGUCUUCGGAUCAAAUCUCAGCUGCUUUUAGGGUUACACAGCAUUUGAUACAACAGCCAACUUUCAUGUCUGAUUUUGACAUCCAAACUCCAACUGCAUUUGAUCCUUUUGCUGAUGCAAAUGCUGAGAACUCUGAUGCUGGGUCAAAAGACUAUGUCCACAUUCGCGUACAGCAGCGGAAUGGUAGGAAAAGCCUGACUACUGUGCAGGGUUUGAAGAAGGAAUUCAGCUAUAAUAAAAUACUCAAGGACCUUAAGAAAGAGUUUUGCUGCAAUGGUACUGUAGUUCAGGACCCAGAACUAGGCCAGGUUAUUCAGCUUCAAGGUGAUCAGCGGAAGAACGUCUCAGCCUUUCUUGUUCAGGCUGGGAUCGUGAAAAAGGAGCAUAUCAAAAUUCAUGGUUUUUGAGCCGUGUCAUCUGUUUCUUCCCCAGGAGCCAUCAAAUUGCUUGUUAGUGCUGAAGGUGUUAUGAUUUUGAGUUUGCGUUGCAGUAUUCUUGUGCUUGUAUGAUAUAUAUACACACUUCAUUUCCAGUACAUCUUAGUUCCUAGUAUUGUCAUGUUAUCUUAAUAGAAUGUUUGUCCAUGUUAGUGGACAUGCGAAAUUAUGACAUUCGGGAUGUGAUCUUCAUCUAUUAUCUUCAUUUCUUCAUCCCUUCCCCAGGCAUCCAUCGUUCACAUGAUACGUGGGUUGCUAUGAAGAUGGUGUUGAUUGAUUUACCUAGUGUGUUUGUUUCUGGGAAUAUGCAGAUAAUAUGAUUGUAAUGAAGGCACACUGUUCUUUUGGAUUUUAUAUAUUAUAAGCUAUUAUGAACUA